AUGGUGCACCCGUCGUCCAAGCACCGACCACCACCACCACGCCGCAGCUCAAACAUCUCGCUGCGGUCGCGCGCGCGGACAGUGUACAUCCUGUCCACGGUCAUCGUCUCUGCCUUUCUCAUUGUCAUCUUCCUCCGACCCGCUUCCACCGACAUUCGCAUCUAUCCGGCCCAGUUCGUCCGCGACAAGGAGCGGCAGGCAGCCUCUCACGCACGAGCACAGGUCCCCGUCGCCGUGCCGCCGCCCGUCGAGUCCGCACACGAGGCAAAGGUCGAGCAGCCAUGGUCGGUGCCAGCCGAAACCAUUUCGACAGAACUCACCUAUGGCUCUGACGGCCUCGUGCGCGGCUGGGAAAAGAUCCACGCCGGCCUCGUGCGUGCUGGACGCUUCUCGGCGGGAGUCAGCGAAGAGCACCCCAUCUUGGACCUCAUGGAACGUGGGAAGCGCAGGUGGGACAGGCUGCUCAAGAGCCAGUCCAAGACACUCGACCAGGCCGUCGCCACAUAUGUCAAGCGCUACAACCGUCAACCGCCCAAAGGGUUUGACAAGUGGUUCGCGUUUUGCCAGAAGCAUAGUGUCAAGAUUGUAGACGACUACGAUCAAAUUGAAAGGGACAUUGCGCCAUGGCAUGGUAUCGCUCCUGCAGAGUUCCGCAAACGCGUCGACGCGCUCGAGGACCUCCCCCACUCCUACAAGAUCACUUUGCGCCCGAACGCUGCCUCCGAGGUGUCAGGUGUACGCGCGACGUUCAAGCGUCCAAAGCUGGCGUUUGAUUUGCUCGAAGCCCUUGCACCUUACCUGCCUGAGGACAUUACCCUUUAUGGUUCCGACCAUGACAUGGGCAACUGGAUCAUGCCGGACCAGUACCGCAACGCUGCCCUCGAUGCCGCUGCCAAGGGCACAUACCUCACCGAGGAGGAGCUCAAGUCUUACGAGGCCGGCGGCGACGGCGGCUUCAAACCUGGUCUCCUGAGGUCGUGCAACCCCGACAGCCUCGCUCGCAAAUUGAACGGCGCUCCCCCGGAGGCCGACUCGGAGACGACCUUUGUGUAUGACCCUGUCGAGCGCAUGAGCUACUGCGACAACCCCGAGCUCAUGACGCUGCACGGUUGCUUCACGUGGCCGCAAAGACGCGAAGCCAAGCUUCGUCCUGUUUUCCAGCUGUCCAAGCCCAUCCAGAACGGCGAGUUCCUCACGACGCCACUCGAGGCCUACUUCAACGCCACGUCCCAGAACGGUAUGGACGAGGCGUCUGAAUGGAGCGAGAAGACCAUCUCCAAGCUGUUCUGGCGCGGAGCUUCGACCGGCGACGCAUACACCCAGCCCAAGGCCUCGCGUCCCGACUAUGACUGGCGCACAUCGCAUCGCCCGCGCCUCCACCUCUUUGGACAGCGUACCGAAGGCGAGGCCAAGGUCUGGGUCAAGCGCGACGACCGUCGCUGGGACCAGGAGACGUUUAGCAUUUCCGAGCUCAACGACCGCUACCUCGAUGUGGGACUCGCCGGCAAGGUGCACCAGUGCGACCACGACGGCACGUGCGAGGAGAUGGAAAAGGAAAUCAUAUUCAAGGACCGCGUCGAGCCCAGGGAUGCGGCCGCGUACAAGUAUGUGAUCGACGUCGACGGAAACGGCUGGUCGAGCCGCUACCACCGUCUCCUGGCCAGCGGCAGUGUCGUCAUCAAGACCACCAUCUACAAGGAGUGGAUGAGCGACUGGCUCACGCCUUGGGUCCACUAUGUUGACUAUUCGGACAUUUACGACAUCAUGUCCUUCUUUGUUGGCCCGCCCAACGGCAAGGGCACCGGCCACGAGAACACCGCCAAGAUGAUUGCGGACAAUGGCGGCAAGUUUGCUCGCGAGCACUGGCGCUGGGAGGACAUGCAGGCAUACAUGUUCCGUUUGCUUCUCGAGUACGGACGACUCUUCCAUGACGACCGCGACGAGUGGAGCUUCCUGCUGGAAUGA